GUCAUCCUCGGCUCACAUCGACGGGAGCGAGUUGUAAGCAAAUGAGAACAUGUGUGGCAUCUGAGAAAGAGAGAGGGAGAGAAAGGAGUAAGAAGGAGGUGUGAGAAAAGCCAAUUUUCUCGUCCCUGACAACUGGAUGCGAGAUUUGAUUGCCGGGCUAUUUUUUCUCUUCUUUUUAUAUAUCUGUAUAUUUUUUUCUUCUCCCACCCAAGGAAAUGAUCGAUUCGUCACAUGCGCACGCCUCUUCAUUAUAAUUGCAGACAGUUGGGGUGCUGUUCAGGCUGAAUGGACUUGAAUAUGUCGCUGCCAGCGUAAUCCGUGCAGACUGGAAGAUUUAAUAAUUCACGGUAAUCACGCAUUAUCGCCUCAGUGGAUGCUCUCUGCACAGCCCUGGUGAUUUUUUUAAAAACCCCUCCUCAUCUUAUUCUUUCCUGAUUCUUCACGUUGUCUUCUACGGGAUUUAUCGACGGCUGCUUUUGCUUCCUUAUCUGAAAUAUCAUCUGUUGCUGCAACUGGAAUGAAAAGCCCCCGUGACUGGCUGAGGAACGCUGAAGACUUAGUGUAAUAGGAUGAGACGGAUUGAAUAAGACAUAUUUUUUUCCAAUAACAUAGCACUCUAGUUAAAAUGGACAAGAAAUUGCUAUUAUUUUUAUUACUACUCUUAUCUCUACACACAAGGUUGUGAUUUUAUUUUUUUUUUAUUCAUGAUGAUUGUCCUACUCCAGUGAAUUGGCUCUGAUUGAUUCUGACUGAGCUUAAUAGGCAUAUUACAAAGCAGAUUCCAACGUGAAGUGCUGCUAAAGACAGUUUCGUCCCUUCAUUUCGUUUUUUAUUUUUAUUUUUUAUUUUAAUAUAUUUUUCUCUAAAGGGAUAAAUGUUGAUGAUGGAGGACGACGAACUGGACGCUCAUCAGGUUGAUCCGGACUUCGAGCCGCAGAGCCGGCCUCGCUCUUGCACCUGGCCACUGCCAUGCCCGGAGGACUUCCCCGGCGGACAAGAGGUGAGCGGGGGUCUCCCGCUGGCCAGCAUCAAAGUGGAGCCGGAAGACGUGCCGGCGUGCAGAGCCGGGCUCGCGGGCGGCAAUCCGGCAGAGCUAAAGCACCCGACCGGGGCCCCGGCACCCACGGUCGCGACGCACCCGUGCCUGGCCGGCGCAGCGCUCGACGUGACCGGGUCCUUGCGCAAAGCCAAGUCCUCACGUCGGAACGCGUGGGGAAACCAGUCCUACGCGGAUCUCAUUACCCGCGCCAUUGAGAGCACCCCGGAGAAGAGGCUCACGCUGUCACAGAUCUACGACUGGAUGGUCCGUUAUGUGCCCUAUUUCAAGGAUAAGGGCGACAGCAACAGCUCGGCUGGCUGGAAGAACUCCAUUCGACAUAACCUUUCCCUCCACACUCGAUUCAUCCGGGUGCAAAAUGAAGGAACAGGGAAGAGUUCCUGGUGGAUGCUAAACCCAGAUGGAGGAAAGAUGGGAAAAGCCCCAAGGCGACGGGCGGUCUCCAUGGACAAUAGCACUAAAUACUUAAAAAGCAAAGGCAGGAUCAGAGGCAAGAGAGUAGGUCGUCCUGGGAUUGGAGCAGGAUCUACUGUAGGGGGCCUACAAAGCUCCCCAGACCAUGGUAGUCCAUCACGGAAAGCCCUCCCAGGGCCGGGAGUUGCAUCUGGGACAGAUGGAGAGUUUGACGCUUGGACUGACCUCCAUUCUAGGGCUAGUUCAUCAGCUUCCACCUUAAGUGGACGUCUCUCACCUAUCCUAGCAGAGGGAGAACCAGAGGAACCAGAAGAAGGUGGUCUAUCCUGUUCUGCCUCCCCUCACCUUUAUCCAUCACCAACCAGUGCCCGCUCUCCAUCAAUGGGGGCAGGAAAUCACUGUCCUCCACUUGAACAGCUGCCUCAACUGGCUAACCUAGCAGGUGCCAUAAGUUUAGAUGAGCAGAUGAUGGAAGAUGGUUAUCAUCAUCAUUGUGCACAGCAACAUCAACAACAUCCUGCUGUUGGCCGAAAUAAGCACCAAACUUCUGUGUAUCACUACAACUCUGGAAUGAAGGGGCAGGUCUCCUAUGGUGGAGGAGUCUACAACACAACAGGGAUGGGUAUUCUUCGUCACCACUCACCAAUGCAGACCAUUCAGGAGAACAAGGCCACCAGUUUUUCUGGAACCAUGCGGGCAUACUCGAGUACAAAUGCACUACAGAGUUUACUGACAGGAGGUUCUGCCGCGCAACAUUACGGUUCUAAAGACCUGAUGCUGGGUCAGGAGAGGGAAGGCCAUCCUAUGUUGGGUCAAGCGAGUAAUGGAGUAGGACCCAACCACCAUAGCCACCGUCCCGUGCACCACAAUGAAAUUCAUAACCAUAAUAGAACUCACAACCACACCACUGGUCAUAAUCAUAACAGUGUAAGCAACCACAACCCACCUCACAGCCUUGCUCACAAUGGUCACAAUCUCAGCCGGAGCCAUACCCACACACCGCCACGAGCGGCAGCUCUGACCCCAUGUGGAAACAGCAAUCAGCUACAGACUUACAGUCACAAAGCUCCCUACUUGUACAGCCCCCCAUCCCAUGCUCACCUUCCUGCUUCUACAACCCUCCCCCCUAACCCAGCGGGUAUGCUUGGCAUGCCUCAGGAUUCCUGUCAUGUGGCUUCCACCCCACACCCUCGUCACAGUCAUUACCCAGACUCACAACACCAGGGCUUGACUAAUGGACCCUACCAUCAUGGCCAGGGAAUGGGUAAUGGCAGUGUUGGGAGUAGCUACCAUGGCUAUCACCAGCCUUACCCUCAUGACAGAUUACCAGCUGACUUAGACAUCGACAUGUUUCAUGGUAGCUUGGACUGUGAUGUGGAGUCCAUCCUCCUACAUGACAUUAUGGACUCAGGGGAGGAGAUGGAUUUUAACUUUGACUGCUCCCUUGCUCAGGGGGUUGGGAUUGGAAUGGGAAUGGGAAUGGGUGUGACUAUGGGCAUGGGAAUGGGAAUGAGCGGUCUGGCUGGUCCACAGCAGGCCCACAGCAACCAGAGCUGGGUACCUGGCUGAACUGAAAAAUAAAUCCUCUAAAACUGCGGUCCAACUUUUGAAGCACUGUGCCCUACCAUGACAUUCCUGGCUCUGAACAAAGCCUAUAGGACCAAGCAUCCCUAACCUAUCUUUUUUGUUGUCUUACUCUAUCACCCCUACUCUGUUUAAUCCCCUUCUUACUGAGAGAUCGACUUCAUGUCAGAUUAAUUUUUCUUUUGAAUCAGCUGUACUGUGAUGACAAUCUCUCAGCUGUGCUUGCCCGGCAUCGCUUCUCAUUUACCAUGAGAACUGAACUCUGAAUGCACUUUAUUGCAAGUGGGUCACAUCUCACGGUGCAAUGCCUUCACAGAGCAGCUCAGGCAGAGCUUGGCUUGUUUUCUAAGGUGCAUGCAACAUUUGACAGGAACAAGCAAGGAACACAACUAAUGAAAGCGUCAGAAAUAGGAACUAAAAAGGCGGAUUUUUUUUCUGGUGCGGCAGAGAAUAAUUUACAAAUUUCUACUAAUGUUGAUUGGAUGCUUGAUUACAGUGAUUCUGUAUUGGGGUGCAAAAUGUACUCAUCUAAAAUUUCAUAAUUUCUUACAAUAUUUAAAAGAUGAGUUCUGACAGUGAUUUAUUUGACAUUUUUUUAUUAUGGUUAAAAUUUAUUUCAAAUAAAUUUAUACACAUGCAAAUUCAGAAAUUCUAAUUGAUUUUUCUUCUGCAGCCAUGUUAUUUAAAUUUUUCUACAUUACGUUACAAAAAUUAGAUUUUUUUCUUGAAUGUAACAUGUUAAGACUGCAAUGACAUUGGUUACUAAACAUUGGUUACUCAUAAUAUCAUUAAAUGCAUGCCAUCAUUAGUGGCAAGCAUGUAAUUUGGCAAAUUACAGAUUUUUUAUUACCUUGCUUCAUCUGCACUUCUUGAACUGGUUUGUCUCUCCCCUGUCUCUGUCUGGUGUUGCAGACAAAGUGACCAUUCCUCACAUCAAGCCAUUAAUGUGGCUUGAUUGAAAUUCAGCAUCUUGCUUUUAAUCUCCAAAGUGAUGCAGAGGCAAUGUGUCAUUAUUGAGAAUUUAACGUGUUGUCCUUCCUUGCUCACCCUCAGCUGUCUUUAGCAUAAUGCACCAGGAGCAUUCAGACAAAACGGUGAUUAACUUUAUGUCACUCUGCCUGCCGCUCUGCUCUGAGAAGGGGCAAUGUCACUGUCCACUUUCCCGCUCAAGGAGGGUAAAUAAUACAGAGAACAAAGCCUGUUGUUGCAGUGGGAUCAGUUAGUCUCAGUUUUUAUUCUCUUUGGAUCAAUGUGUCUGAAAAACAGUAGUGUACUCAUAUCGUAAAUGAUCUCCGUCAUCUGUGUUAUGUUCCUUUGUUUUCAAAUCUAAUAACCUGAUGUUCAAUCUGUAAAACAGGUGCAAAGGGAAAUAUUUAAAGGGACAGGUAUGGAUUUUUGAAUUAAGGUUCUGCAAAAAGGUUAUCUUCUAAAAUGAUACAAGAAAUAUAUAACUGUCUUAGCAUCUUCCUUAAGUCUAAAUCAAGAUUGGUUGAGCCUAGAGGAUCAAGCUAACUUCUAGUCCAAAGUGGACUUAUUUUGUCUUGAAACAAAACCUUUGAUCUGAAAAGUGUACAAACUCUAUUUUAUAAACCUUUAAACUAUUGUCACAUUUGCAUUGGAUAGUUGUUGGGACUGACAAGGGAAAUGAUGGUAGGUGGUGUGCCACCAAUAAUCUUCCUUUUAUAAAAGAAUGCUAAGUGGAAUGUAAAUCACUCUUCUUCAGAGUAACCACCUAAAAGAAUGUGUAAAAGGCAAUAAAAUAGUUAUAAACAACAAUAAUGUUUCUGCUUUUUACACUUAUGUCGUGUCUUAAACAUUUACUCUUACCAGAAAUGCUUUAUAGCUUCUGUUCUCAGUAUGUGUUUCGCACAGGAAGAUAAUUUGUGGUGCAUUGCCUCCCACCUGUUUUGUGUAAAAUCCACUCAAUGCAAACAUGACAGUGACAGAUGUUUCAAAAGGUGACAUGGAGGUGGUGUGGGAAAAGAGGGUGAGAAUGAUAUACUUGAGUUAAUACACCAAGAUUUGAUAGAAGCCAUGCCAAAUUUCAGAAAUAAUAUGUUGUUUCCAUUAAAUAUAGGCUGACAUUAUUUGCUUUUAUCUAACCUUAAUUUAACUAAGUGAACUACAAAUCUCUAUCUAUCUAUCUAUCUAUCUAUCUAUCUAUCUAUCUAUCUAUCUAUCUAUCUAUCUAUCUAUCUAUCUAUCUAUCUAUCUAUCUAUCUAUCUAUCUAUCUAUCUAUCUAUCUAUCUAUCUAUCUAUCUAUCUAUCUAUCUAUCUAUCUAUCUAUCUAUCUAUCUAUCUAUCUAUCUAUCUAUCUAUCUAUCUAUCUAUCUAUCUAUCUAUCUAUCUAUCUAUCUAUCUAUCUAUCUAUCUAUCGAUAAAUAGAUAUAAUUAAUUUUUUUUUACAGGGGUAUCUUGUCAUAAUAAUUGCAGGUACAAGAAACUCAUUAUAAACAAUAGACAUUUGAUUACUGGACUACAAUUUGGCCAAUAAUCAAAUGUCAGUUUAGUCAAUGCCAGUUUAGCACUAACUGCUAAGUAAAUAAAUUAAUAAAUAACAACUGUUGAAAUUCACUAAAACUUAUGUUCAAUGCACUUAAAUUGUGUUCAUUAGAUCUUUCUGGCUAGGCAGGGUGAUUAAUGGGUCAAACCAAUGCGUUAAAGGUUCAUAAAGCUAGUGCUCAUAUUAGACAUUUUUUAGACUGAAGUUGUUUUAAGACAGUAGAAAACAAAAUUAGUUUUGGUCUCUUUCAAACUACAUAGUAGUGUCAUGUUACAGGGCCAUCUAAUCUGGAUUGAUACCAACAGAAUAAAUAAUGUGCAGGUAAGACAUUAACUGAGUAUGAAAUUCUAGCAGAGCCACACUUCAAAAAUCCUGAACUACUUCUUUUCAAAACAAGCAGUCUGAAUGGUUAUAAUAAAGAAUGGGGUCAAAAUGCCACACAAUCAUUCACAUCUAGUUUUUGUGUGUUUAUUCUGUUGUCUUGUAGUUGUUGUUGUAUUGUUCGAAGUCUAAGGAGCAGACGAUGACAGGACUUGAAACAUCAUAGCAUAUGAAUUGAAUCCAUUGGUGAAAUUAUGUUGUUAUAGUGCAGUAUGACUUUUCCAAGAUCCAAUGCCAUCUGCCCCUCCCGUAUGUGCUUUGCUUGGUUGUUUUGUUGGUGAGGGGGCGUGUCUGCAAUUUGGUUUACCACUGGCCUUGAGAGAGCUAAAGAGAAUAGGAUACACCUCUUCUGAAGGUACACCAAGAAGACUCCACUUUCUGCUCCAAGCACUCAUACAUAAAAGAAACACAUUGUAAGGGGAUGAAGGGUGGAGUGGGUGUUAUUUUUUCAGCCAAAGGUCAAGCAUGGCACAGACUAUCAGACCCAAUAUUGAGGUAAAUUACAUUUCUUUCAGGCCUUUUAGUUGCGCUGGUUCCAGUUAAUCUUUGUGGAAAAUGCGUGAAAUUUUAUAACUACUCCGACCUCAAGAAGCAGUUAUGUUCUAUUCUAUGCUACAGAUGUUUAGCAAUCCCCUGCUAUUGGAAAGAGAGCUAUAUAUGAUGUCGAAUUUUCUUAUAUUUAUUUAUGAAAGAUAUCUGUCUUUGUCAUUCCUAAUUGUAAUUGAUGUACAAGUCCAAUGUUGUCCAUUUUCUGUUUUUUUUUAAGUUGAUCUUCUCCUUUUGACAGUUUUACUGACUUUUAUUUUGUAAAAAAUCUCUCUCUCUCUCUCUC